ACAGUGAGCAGAAGAAGUACAGAGUGUUUGUUGUGGUUCCUCUGCUUCCUGGAUUCGAGGGAGACAUCGCGUCAGGAACCGGAGUUGCGAUUCGAGCGAUUCUUCACUUCACUUACAGGACCAUGUGCCGAGGAGAGCACUCCAUACUGUCAAGACUUAAUGAAGUGAUGGACCAGUGGACGGAGUACAUCUCGUUCUGCGGCCUGAGAACACACUCUCAGCUCUGCGAGUCUCUCGUCACGGAGCUCAUCUACGUUCACAGCAAGUUCCUCAUAGCCGAUGACCGCUGCUACAUCAUCGGUGAGUCAUCAGCCUGGCACAAACUCAUCCAAAGACACAUUAUCAUUCUGACCUUGAGUUGUCAGUGAGCUAUGAAAACUACAGUGU